AGAUGGAGAACGUAGGUGGGGAGCUGUCCUUCGCUUUUUCUGAAGGUAAGACAGACCAGCACAUGAAAGAUGCUGGAAAGAAGACUGGUGGCUAAUGAAGACCAAGAACUUGAAAACAAAUGAAGAGUCGUCCCUAGAGAGUGGGCUGGAGUGUACUGAGCUCACCAGUUGGACCAGAUCAGUGGCCAAAUUUCUACACGGCUUCGGUGCUGGGACUCUGGUUCAAAGGAAGAUUGGAUGGAUGGUGCCAGAGUUUUGUCCAACUCAGAGAUGCUCGAUACGCAGAGAUGCUCAGAGACCUGAAGCCCUUCAGGGUCCAGCCUGCGUGCAGUGAGAAGCACAACGUAGCCUGUCUUAUACCUUUUGAUGCCUUUAACCAGUUGCAGCAUGAAGCAGAAUGCUAUACUACUGGACCCUGAUGUGCACUGCCACACCUAGUUCCCCACAACCAACCUAACCUUGGCUGACCAUCUGCAGGACUUGUGGGCUCCCAUCUUCUCCAGGGCAGAGAUGGAUUAUGAGUCCUAGCAUCCAGCACACAGCUUUGCUCUGUUAGGACUCGGCGGGUUCUUAUAGGUCACCAUGAGGUGAACAGCUUGGUCUGCCACACCCUCACCAUGAUGUUCCGCCUCAUCACAAGCCCAGGAACAGUGGAACCAACUGACAAUGGACUGAAACCUCUGUAACUUUUUACAGAGUUUUUGGACCCAUUCCAGAGAGUCAUCCAGCCGGAAGAGAUUUGGCUCUAUAAAAAUCCUCUGGUGCAAUCAGACAACAUUCCUACUCGCCUCAUGUUUGCAAUUUCUUUCCUCACACCCUUGGCCGUUAUUUGUGUGGUGAAAAUUAUCCGGCGAACAGACAAGACUGAAAUUAAGGAAGCCUUCUUAGCGGUGUCCUUGGCUCUUGCUUUGAAUGGAGUCUGCACAAACACUAUUAAAUUAAUAGUGGGAAGACCUCGCCCCGAUUUCUUUUACCGCUGCUUUCCAGAUGGAGUGAUGAACUCGGAAAUGCACUGCACGGGUGACCCUGACCUGGUGUCCGAGGGCCGCAAAAGCUUCCCCAGCAUCCACUCCUCUUUUGCCUUCUCGGGCCUUGGUUUCACGACAUUCUACCUGGCGGGCAAGCUGCACUGCUUCACCGAGAGUGGGCGGGGGAAGAGCUGGCGGCUCUGUGCCGCCAUCUUGCCCCUGUACUGUGCCAUGAUGAUCGCGCUGUCCCGCAUGUGUGACUACAAGCAUCACUGGCAAGAUUCGUUCGUGGGCGGCGUGAUUGGCCUCAUCUUUGCAUACAUCUGCUACCGACAGCACUACCCGCCGCUGGCCAACACGGCCUGCCAUAAGCCCUACGUCAGCCUGCGCGUGCCCACCUCGCUGAAGAAGGAGGAGAGGCCCACGGCCGACAGCGCGCCCAGCUUGCCCCUGGAGGGGAUCACCGAAGGCCCCGUAUGAUGAUGUCCCGGGAGAUGGACGCCGAGCCCCGGGCUCGCUCUUCCCCCAACGCCGUAACACGGUGGCAGAGGUUUUCUGUAGUGUGUUUCUCAUCCAUUAUUUCUCCAAGUUUCCCUUCUGCUUCCAUUUUGCCGAUGGUCUUCGUGCCACUCUCGAGGUCUCCUUCCACCGUUUUCGAAUUUGCAAGGUCAACACACGGAAGCGCUCUCUAAAGACCAGGGAAGGGCUGCAGGGGCGGGUGGGCGUGGCCGGCCGCUUCCCUCCACCUGGUGUUCGCCCUAGCGGUCGCCUUCCUCCUCCUUCAUGUUGUAAAUCACAAUAAAACCUCCCACCUGGAAGACGCGC